CUCCCUGACCCCCUCUUCCUUCACUCUGGGCAUUAGUCAGUCAUAUCAUCUUCUGAUAGCUAGACUGUGGCCUGAUUUUCACUGCGACGGCAUUAUAAAAGCAAUCCGCGUCUUCACGUUGUCCUUGGCUUUUUCAACAUUUCCAACGCUUGAGCGCACGUUAUACAAACCUCUAACUCCCUUGGAUAGACUACCAACAUGGAUAUCGAUACCGAAACGGCUGUGGAGAAGAUUAAGCAGGGCGAAAUCGAUGAAUCGCUCUAUAGUCGACAGCUCUACGUUCUCGGCCAUGAGGCGAUGAAGCGGAUGGGCUCGUCGAAUGUUCUCAUAGUAGGACUUAAGGGAUUAGGAGUUGAAAUAGCCAAGAAUAUCGCGCUCGCCGGAGUAAAGUCAUUGUCUCUCUACGACCCGGCACCCGUAAAGAUCGCCGACCUGUCUUCACAAUUCUUUUUACGUCCAGAGGAUGUAGGGAAAUGUCGUGCAGACGUGACCGCGCCACGUGUUGCUGAACUCAACGCCUAUACUCCUGUUGUCGUUCACGAAGCCGACAGCCUAACUGCUGAUCUCUCUCAGCUAAAGAAAUAUCAGAUAGUGGUCUUGACCAAUACCUCGUUGAAAGAUCAGGAAGUCAUCGCCGAAUACUGUCAUCAAAACGGAAUCUAUGUCCUCAUCACUGACACCUUCGGAUUAUUUGGCUAUAUUUUCACGGAUUUUGGACAGAGCUUUGCCGUGGGGGACACUACUGGCGAGGAGCCUUUAAGUGGAAUUGUCGCUGGUAUUGACGAAGAGGGUCUUGUAUCGGCCCUCGACGAGACAAGACACGGCCUAGAAGACGGUGACUAUGUAACGUUUACCGAGAUCAAAGGCAUGGAAGGCCUUAACAACGCGGAUCCUCGAAAAGUGACGGUCAAGGGCCCUUAUACUUUCUCAAUCGGUGACGUUAGUGGACUAGGCACCUACGAAUCAGGUGGACUCUAUACGCAAGUAAAGAUGCCAAAAUUCAUCGAUUUCAAACCAUUAAGCGAGCAAAUAAAGAAGCCGGAGUUUGUCUUCUCUGAUUUUGCCAAAUUCGACCGACCUGCACAGCUUCAUAUUGGUGUCCAGGCACUGCAUAAAUUUGCGGAAGAUCACAAUGGAGAGGCCCCCCGCCCCCAUAAUGACAGCGACGCCCGCCAGGUCUUCGAAAUUGCGCAGAAACUUGCUAGCGAUACCGAAGAGAAGACUGAACUUGAUGAAAAGCUGAUAAAAGAGCUGAGCUACCAAGCUCGGGGUGAUUUGAGUCCUAUGGCGGCAUUAUUUGGAGGCUUGGCUGCUCAGGAAGUUCUGAAAGCCGUCUCGGGAAAAUUCCACCCCAUCGUGCAAUGGAUGUAUUUCGAUUCUCUGGAGUCUCUCCCAAAAUCCGUUGAGAGGUCUGAGGAACUCUGCAAGCCCUUGAAUUCUCGAUAUGACGGCCAAAUUGCGGUUUUUGGGAGAAAAUUCCAGGAUAAAAUUGCUAAUAUCAAAGAAUUUUUGGUCGGUGCCGGUGCUAUUGGCUGCGAAAUGCUAAAAAAUUGGGCUAUGGUUGGUCUCGCCACUGGCCCUGAAGGUCAAAUUACCGUGACAGACAUGGAUCAGAUCGAGCGAAGCAACCUCAAUCGUCAAUUUUUGUUCCGUGCGGGCGAUGUUGGCAAACUAAAGAGCGAUUGCGCCGCAGCGGCUGUUCAAGCCAUGAAUCCUGAACUCAAGGGAAAGAUAACUACACUGCGCGAACGCGUUGGUCCAGACUCAGAGCAUGUCUUUGACGAGAAGUUCUGGGAGCGCCUAGAUGGAGUUACGAACGCUUUGGAUAACGUUGACGCUAGAACCUACGUUGACCGCCGAUGCGUCUUUUUCCGAAAGCCCCUGUUGGAGAGCGGCACACUUGGUACAAAAGGAAAUACCCAAGUUGUUCUUCCAAACAUUACGGAAUCUUAUUCCAGCUCCCAUGAUCCCCCUGAACAAUCAUUCCCAAUGUGCACGUUGAGAAGUUUCCCUAAUCGUAUUGAGCACACUAUUGCUUGGGCUAGGGAUCUGUUCCAAUCAUACUUUGUUGGGCCUCCAGAAGCUGUGAACCUCUAUCUCACCAAGCCUAACUACAUUGAAAAUACCUUGAAGCAGACCGGUACUGAAAAGCUGACCCUGGAGAGCAUCCGAGACUUCCUCGUCACAGAAAAGCCCAUCAGUUUCGAUGACUGUAUCACUUGGGCCAGGCACAAAUUUGAAGAACAGUACAAUAACGCCAUCCAACAACUCUUGUACAACUUCCCCCGAGACUCUAAGACAUCUUCUGGCACCCCGUUCUGGUCAGGUCCGAAACGUGCUCCCACUCCAUUGAAGUUCGACGGCUCAAAUCCAACUCAUCUUGGAUUCAUCAUUGCUGCCGCAAACCUUCACGCCUUCAAUUAUGGGAUCAAGAACCCCGGUGUCGAUAAAGCCCAUUAUCGGAAUAUUGUGGAAAAUAUGAUCAUUCCCGAAUUCACUCCGGUCGCGGGCGUCAAGAUUCAGGCUGAUGAAAACGAACCCGAUCCCAACGCACAGCCUGCUGGUGGGUUGAACGACGAUCGAGAAGAGCUCCAGCGCCUUAUUGGCUCCCUUCCAAGCCCCAAGUCUCUAUCUGGCUUUAAAUUGGUGCCUGUCGAGUUCGAAAAGGAUGACGACACAAAUCACCAUAUCGAUUUCAUCACAGCCGCAAGCAACCUUAGAGCAGACAACUACGACAUACAACAAGCGGAUAGGCAUAAGACUAAAUUCAUUGCUGGAAAGAUCAUCCCAGCUAUCGCCACUACGACCGCUCUUGUAACCGGCUUGGUUAUUCUUGAGCUCUACAAGGUCAUUGAUGGCAACGAUGACAUUGAACAAUACAAAAGCGGCUUUAUCAACCUAGCUUUACCCUUCUUUGGAUUUAGCGAACCGAUUGCCAGUCCGAAGGGGAAAUACCAGGGAAAGACGGGCGAAGUCACAAUUGACAAACUCUGGGAUCGCUUUGAAGUUGAUGAUAUACCUCUGCAAGACUUCCUCAAGGUAUUCGAAGCCAAAGGCUUGGAUAUCAGCAUGGUCAGCUCUGGCGUAAGCCUUCUCUACGCCAGCUUUUAUGGGCCAAGCAAAGUGAAGGACCGACUGCCUAUGAAGAUGAGUAAAUUGGUUGAGCACAUCAGCAAAAAGCCAAUUCCUAGCCAUCAGAGAAAUGUUAUCUUCGAGAUCACCGCUGAAGAUCAAUCCGGCGAAGACGUGGAAGUACCCUAUGUGAUGGUCAAGCUGGACAAAUAG